AUGCCCCCCGCCUCUUCUCCCUCGUCCCUCACCUCAAGUCGAUUGAAUCCGGAGAGCAUUGGAGCGUUGAAGUGUGCGGACGGGCGUUCCCCCAAUCUCUCAGCUGCCAAGGUCAAGGUCCUCGUCAGCGAUCUGUUUGCUGGCGCGUGUGCAUCUUUGGGGUGGCUCUGGGGUUGGGAUGACGAUGAGUUAAGUGGCCAGAGCUCCCACAAACGGCCAACCCAUGGGCCAUACCAGACCAGCUCGCAUUGGGCAAACACGCCGGUUCCAUGCUUGCAGGGCAGCUCCCGGGCAAAAAAAGCCAAAAGGCACCACUUACACAUCGCACAAUGUAACGCCGACUCUGGCAAUGGCUCUCUGUGUUUCUGUCUUCCUCCAGAGAAGUACGUAGUGCGUGUCGAUCAGGAAUACAUUGCCACGGGUUUGUUGAUUGAUACGCCCAAAGUGGCCUGGUCUGGCGGGUUGAAAUUGACACCUACGAAUGCCCCCACAGGGGCCAAGGCUGAGAUGACCCACUCCGCGUCCCUCCCAUCCUUGCUUCUCAACUUCUUAGUCCCUGAUAUCCCUGUCCUCCGCUGCAGCUCUUGGCCCCCGGUCUUGGUCCGCGGACUCGGCGUGCUGUUUGCCUUAUGCCACAUCCCGUACAAACGGAUUGCCGUUGCCGGCGUCAGACCGCUCCGGACCCGGCGAGUAAAGCCACCCCCACCGCCGACCGGCUGCAGUCUUGGGCCGGGUCAGGUGGAUCCCGUAGGUAUUCGUCACGUCGGAGCCGGCGAAACACAUCGUAAUCAAACGGGGUCCCAGAGCCAGACGCAAUGGCACCACCCCUGGGGCUGCUGGGCCUCUUACGCCGUCAAGGCUGAUGAAUGA